GCCUGGAGGUAGGCGGAGCUUGUUUCCUCCCCCCGGUCCCCUCCUCGGAAGUAGACGUAGCUGUCUAUAUUCCGUUCUUUUAUUUUUAUACAUUUUUUACCCCUUUUCCCCAACACUUAGCACCAUGGCCGCCAAGAUGGACGACUAAACCGAAGAACGGGUCCCCGAUUUCAGCCCUAAGAUUUCCUUGGACCGAUCGGACCGGAUGAAAUCCAACUGUGGUUGUCUCCGCUUCGCAGGGGAGGUAGCUGUAUCCAGUGGGGAGGUAGGCUUAUCCAGGGGAGGACAGAAUGAAGUUCACCGACCCCUGGGGACGCCAGAGGCUGUCUUUUCUUCUAGAAAAGGCCGCCUCUAGGGAAGCCAAGAUGUGGAGGGUCUACGUGCCAAAGAAACCCUCCUCACAGGAUACAGAUAUCUCCCCGGCCCAGCGGGACGAGGCCGUGCGCUGGUUGACGGAGCUCCACGGCAGGCUGCAGCUGUACCCAGAGACCCUGGUGUUAGCUGUCAGCAUCCUGGACCGCUUCCUCGUUCCCAUCAAGGCCCGUCCAAAGUACCUUCGCUGCAUUGCCAUCGCCUGCUUCUUCUUAGCUGCCAAGACCUGUGAGGAGGAUGAGUGUGUGCCCACUCUGAAGGAGCUGGUUGACUCCAGCAGCUGCGGCUGUUCUCCUUCAGAGAUCCUGAGGAUGGAGCGCAUCAUCCUGGACAAGCUGGACUGGGAUCUGCACACCGCUACGGCUCUGGACUUCCUGCACAUUUUCCAUGCGAUGGUGCUGUCCUGCCGUUCCGGGUUUCUGGACUCCAUGUUGCGUCUGAACCGCUCUCAGCACCUCUCCAUGCUCACACGCCGACUCUACCAGUGUCUGUCUGACCACACGCUCAUUCAGCUGAGAGGAUCCAUGCUGGCCUUGGCCCUCAUCACUCUGGAGCUGGAGACCUGCUGUCCUGACUGGCUGGCCCUCACCAUCGACCUGCAGAGGAAGGCACAGAUCGACAGCUCAGAGCUGAUCCGAAGUCGUGAGCUGGUGGCUCGUAGUCUGUCCACACCGAAAGCUUCCCUGCCUCCAAACACUGUCUACAUCUACCAACCCCUGCAUAGCCCGACCACCCUGCAGCCUCCGGACAAGGACCCAACACUCCACUGCUGCACACUGGGGAUCAACUCCACCGAGUCUUCCAGGGACCACGCUCCUCCAGAGCAGCCUGCCUCCUCCUCCUCCGACAUCCCAGCGCUACUGUCUCCACCCAAAAACCUGCGCCACCCUAACCACCUGCAGAAAGUCACGCUGCGCUGCAAGUCCUCCUCCAAACGCAAGGUGGAGGAGAUGGAGGUUGAUGAUUUCUCCGACUGCAUCAAGCGACUCUACAACGAAGACAUUACCACCCCGGCCAUCCAGGAGGGGGCGACACCUGCGAUGGGGGCGAUAGCAACAGGGGGAGGAGAAGGAGAAGGAGGAGGUCUGGGUGUCUGCAGUGUCCUGUUGUCCCGACAGGAAGGCAGCUGCUCGCCCUGCCCGCCUCUGCAGCCAGUCAGUGCCUCCUAAAGACCAAACCAGAGCCAAAACCGCCUUCAUACUGACACCUGCUUCCUGCUUUACUUUCAGAAUAAAGUUCUCAAAAUAAAAGUCUCAACAUUAAGGGUGUUUCUGGCAGCUGUGAUGGGCAACUCCUCCAGCAACAGGCAACAAAGAAAGAGAAAGUUCUCGUUGCAUUUAAGCAAUAUAAAGGCAGCUCCUCUGGACAUGUUGCUCUUCGCUGUCGCCAGAAUAAAAAGUCGUAAAGUGGAGCAAGAAAAUGAAGACGUAACAAACGUGAAGCAGCAAUGAAGGAGGUUCAGCGGUGACAGUGGUUUUGGUUUUGGUGCAAACGACCCCGAGCUGUUCAGACAUCCCGAGGUCAGCCGCUGUCAGACUCUGCAGCCGGAAAACAGAGCGCAAAAAAAAUUUAAACAUUCAAAAACUAAAAAACGUUGCUGCUGCUACUAUCUUAUGAUUCUAUUUGUUGAACACAAAUAUUAAAACAAAAACAACAAAAAAAAUUUACCUUCAGAAACCUAGAUUUGACUUCGUCCCCCUGUUAUGUCUAAUCCUCUCCGUCAUCGUUCGUCAUCUUAUUUUUGUUUUUCACACUUUCCAUUUUAACGUUUUUAUUCCAUCUUCUUCUCUUUCCUCCUGCACUCUGCAUGUGUUCAUCUAUUUAUAGCCUCAGAUGUAUGAAUGUUGCUCUGUAGACGAUGAUCUGUAAUAUUCGCCCAGAUAGAAAAAGUUUUUCUUUUCACGUGAAGUGUAAUUUGUUAAUAAGAUGCUAAUAUAAAAAUCCCUUCUUUGAAUCCCUCUGUUUUUCCCCUCUUCCUCCUCAGCGUGUUGUCGACUGAAUUAAACUUCUCACGUUGAUUUAUUCACCCGCAAAUUAAAUCUGGCGUCCUCCUGCAGAAAUCUCGGCUUCGAAACGACGACUUUAUCGUUUCCUUUGAAGCCGAAAUCAAGAAAAGGAUCAGUUACUAACAAACUCUCAUUAAGUGGAGUUCACUCGCGUCUGUUACUCGUUAUCUCACCCUCCUGAAGGGGUCAGAAAUCCUGCAGGACUCAAAGUCUUGGUAAUAAAACAACCUUGAGUAAGUUUAAUCAUCUUCACCUGGAUGUUCAGAAUAAAACUAAAACAACACGCUCUGUUUUUAUCUCUUGAAGUUCUGUUUUUAUUCCUGCAAAAAGCUCUGUGUUUCCUGCUGUAAGAACUGCCGGUGGCUGCUCCGGGUCCCUGAACACACCACAAUAAAUAAAGAGAUAAGAGAAUGAAACCUGAA